GCGCUCCGCCCACCUCCCGUACAAAUGUAGCUUGCAGUCCGGGCUCAGGGAGACGGGCGUUCGGGGCAAUGGGGUCGUGGACUAAGGGCAAGAGCUGCCUGGCGGCCGGCUUGCUGCAGAACCAAGCGGCCAUCGUCACCGGCGGGGCCACGGGCAUCGGAAAGGCCAUCUCCCGGGAGCUCCUGCACCUCGGCUGCAAUGUGGUCAUUGCGUCCCGGAAGCUGGACAGAUUAAAAUCUGCUGCAGAAGAACUGAAGCGCAGUCUGCCUGCCACCAGCCAGGCUCAAGUCACUCCCAUACAGUGCAACAUCCGGAAAGAAGAGGAGGUAAAUAAUUUGAUUAAAUCUACCUUGGCUAUUUAUGGUAAGAUCAAUUUCUUGGUGAACAAUGGAGGAGGCCAGUUCCUCUCUCCUGCGGAAGACAUCAGUUCCAAGGGUUGGAAUGCCGUGAUUGAAACCAACCUGACAGGUACCUUCUACAUGUGCAAAGCAGUGUACAAUUACUGGAUGAAAAACCAUGGAGGGUCUAUCGUUAACAUCAUCACUCUUACCAAAAAUGGAUUUCCGACAGCUGCGCAUACUGGAGCUGCAAGAGAAGGAGUUUACAACCUCACCAAGUCCUUAGCUUUGACAUGGGCUAAGAAUGGCAUAAGGAUCAAUUGUGUAGCCCCUGGAAUCAUUUAUUCGCAGACUGCAGCUGACAACUAUGGUGACGUGGGACGAGAGUUAUUUGAAUCUUCUUUUCAGGUUGUCCCGGCUAAACGGGUUGGAGUUCCUGAGGAGAUCUCCUCCGUGGUGUGCUUCCUGCUGUCUCCCGCAGCUUCCUUCAUCACUGGGCAGUUGGUAGACGUGGAUGGGGGUCAGUCUCUGUAUACUCACUCCUAUGAGAUUCCAGAUCAUGACAACUGGCCCGAGGGAGUUGGGGACCUUUCUGUUGUCAGAAGGUUGAAGGAGUCUUUCAAGCGUAAAGCCAAUCUCUGACCCAAGGGGGCAAGGUGUCUUUUGGUUCCAAGUGCCUUAACGUCUUGAGAAUACACUUCUGUAGUUUUAAAGAGUUUGUAAUUUGCAUAAUUUCUACUUUUUAAUUUAUGUUAUAGUUAUACAUAAACUAUCCCCCAAACAGAUGCACUUUGUUUCCUAAACAAUGUCUGUUAACCCAUGAGAUAAAAUAACAAUUUUGGGAACCCCCAAAUUAACAUACUUAAAUGAUUAUUUUUUUUCUAAGAAGGUAAUAAAAAAUGCAAUAAUUUAAAUAAUUAGAGGGACUGUGAACUUCCAGAAGAUAUUAAUACUUAACUGUAAAUGUAGAAAAUAUAUCUAAAUUGUGGCAUCAUUUUGAUUUUUAUAACCAGAGUUAUACAUUAUAAGUUACAAUGACUUCUUUUUGAUGGCAAAUGUUUCGUAUCAAUAAAGCUUUAUGGUAAUUGUU